AUGGGAAAUCUUAAAGACAACAGCUCUGCCCAAACAGAACAGGCAGAAAAGAGAGUCUUUGAUCCUGAUGGAGAUGUGAUUCUGAUUAUACCACAGGCUGGGACCUCAAGUGACUAUGAAAAUCAGGCUCCUCAUCAAGAAACCCACAUGCAGGUUUCUUCAAAACAUCUGAGCCUGGCUUCUGUGGUCUUCAAGCAGAUGCUGCAAGGGAAAUUUCAGGAAAGUGCCACUCUUCAAUCAACUGGUUGUGUGAAGAUCCCCUUGCCUGACAACAAUCCAGAAGCCCUGGCCAUCUUACUCAAUAUAUGUCAUGUUCAGAUGAGUAACGUGCCGCGUACAGUCUCUCAGAGGACAAUGGCCCAGAUUGCCUGUCUUGUCAACAAGUACUAUUUCCAUGAAGUCAUUUUACCAUUUUUGGAUGUUUGGGUCAACAGCAUGAAACCAGAUAAUAUUGGAUGCCUCACCUCUAGUGCUCUUGUUGAAUUGAUGGCAAUUUAUUGCUGCUUCAACAGGCCUGAUGAACUUAGGGGAAUUACUCAAGAAGCUAUAGUUAGCCUGUAUGCAAUAAACAAGCAGAGGGAAGGGACCAUAUUAUUGAUAUCAACUCUAGUUCAAGAAAGGCUGAAGAAGUAUACAAAACUACAAUUGUUAUUCAACUCACACCUGAAAGUGAUAUGUGAUUUUGACUGUGAUUGCGCACAACUUGGUGCUCUUGUGAAGGUGCUUACCAGUUUGACUUUCCUUGAGUUACUGAUGUCUCUGUUCAUUGGCUACUCCAUCAACCGCCUCUCCCAUGGUUUAAAAAACAUGAAGGUUCCAUGGUGUCAUUACAGGGCUUCACAAGGACAUCUCCCAGAUGCCUUUGAAAGUGCUAUCACAGAGCUAGAAGGGAAAAUUACUCCUCCACAUCUGAAUAUCAGUGAUAGCUCAUAG